AUGCCCAAGGAAAAGACUACCCGCAAGACCAAGGCCCGUACCACUAGCAGAAAGAAGGACCCCAACGCCCCCAAGCGUGGUCUUUCUGCGUACAUGUUCUUCGCCAACGAGAACCGCGAGAAGGUUCGCGAGGAGAACCCCGGCAUUUCUUUCGGCCAGCUCGGCAGAGCACUCGGCGAGAAGUGGAAGAGCCUGGACGACGAGGCCCGUCGCCCCUACGAGGAGAAGGCUGCUGCGGACAAGAAGCGAUAUGAAGAUGAGAAGUCCAGCUACCAGGCCGCCGAAGAAGACGAGGAGUCUGCCUAA